AUGGUCGCCCAGCAGCUUCAUAGAGCCCUGCUGGGCUCCAGGGGGGGACUGCAGCAUUUUACCACCAGCCCACUUGGAAACCGCGGGACUGCGUUCAAACAAGCAGCAAUUGUAAUACGCAGGAAAACUGCUCCAUGCGCAGUGCACCAAGCGCGUCCAAAUGGCGCAAUAUCUGCAGCAGAGGAAGAGGCAGCCAAGGUGAUGGCCAGCGACAGGCUGGCUUCUCACGGGCUUGCAGGCAGCAGGACGAGGAGGAAAUCCACCCAGCAAGAUCGCAGCCAGACAGUGCUCGACGCUGACGAGGUCUCCAGCCAGGCGUUGCUGCUGAGGUACCAUGCCUCACUGGCGCUGGUGUGCAUGCAAGAGCUGCCGCCAUUGGGUGGCUUGCUCUACGUGCCUGUUCUGGAGCACCUGGCGGAUGUGAAGUCCCGGGGGGACCCCAUGUUCAUGGUAUUGGGCGCCAUGCUGGCCGAUGAUGACUCGCGCCUGCAUGGCGCCUGGGACCUCAAGCCUUGGCGGCUCCUGCUCAGAAAUUACAGCAGGAUGCGCGCUCCAGCAUUUGCUCUCCGCGCCUUUCAGGAAAUGCGCAGCCGAUGCAUCUGGUCACCUCAGGACACCCACACCGUGAACAUUCUGCUGAACGCGCUGAGUUCUGAUCUUCCUGCAGCCUUCGCAAUGUACAAUGAGCUGAUGGCGGGGGGGCUGGAGCCGACCAGGGUGACCUUCAACACACUGCUGAAGGCAUGCAUGCGCGGCCAGAACGCGGCUCGCGCCGACGAGGUCCUCGCCUGGAUGCGUGAACGCGGCUGCCAGGGGAAUGAGCACACAUACAACACAUACAUCAAGGCGGCCUCGUACUCAGGGGAUGUAGAACGUGCAUUGAAAGUGCUGCCGCAGAUGGCGGCCGACGGCUGCGCGCCCACACCCGCCGUGUGGGGUUCCCUCAUUGUCGCCUGCGGCAAGUCGCCCAAAGUGGCGCCGCAGCCUUUUGGAAUGGCGCGACAGGUGGAGAGCGCUCUGGGGCUGUGGCGCCAGAUGGCAGCCUCUGGCACAACUCCCACUGUCGACAACUGCAAUGCGCUGCUGACCGCAUGCAUCGACUGCGACCAGGGAGAGCGAGCGCUCGACAUCUACCGCUCCAUGAAGGACCUUGGGGUGGAGCCAGAUCUGGUGACCUACAAUCUGGCGGUGCGCGCGUGCGGCGGGCAGUCGGGCAGCAAGCUGCGGUCAGCCCAGCUGGACCAGGCUUUUCAGUUGCUGGCAGACAUGCGCGCCGCUGGCGUUGCACCCGACCAGCAGACCGUCACCAGCAUGCUCGCGCUCUGCGCUCAGGCCGGAGCCGGCCGGCGCGCCCUGGCGCUCUACGAGGAGGUCAAGGAUUCUGGCAUCCGCAUAGAUGUGGCUCUGCAGAGCGCGCUCAUCGCUGCACUGGGGUCUGAGGGCCUUGCCGAGGAUGCGCUGGCCGUCUUCCGAAAAAUGGUGUGGGGCCCGCGGCGCAUGAAGCCAAACGAGCACACGUACCGGCUGGUCACGCGCAUCUGCCGUGAGGCCGGCCUGGUCAAGGAAGCACUGCACGCCUACCGUGGAAUGCGCAGGAUGGGGUUCCGACCAAGCAACGCGGAGUGGCGGGAAAUGAUAUCGGCCGCCGUUGAGGCCGCCAUGGCCGAGAAGGACGGCGGCGACCUGGUGGCGUCGUGCCUGGGAUUGGACGAGGCACAGAGCUGGGUGGAUCUGCAUGGGCUGACGAGCGUGGAGGCGCGCGCGGCUGUUCUGUGCGUGCUCUCGUCCGUCCAGCACCGCGCCGCAGCAGGCGCAUCGCUCACCUCCAACCUCGUCUUCAUCACUGGCGUGGGGCGGCACAGCGAUCCAGAGGUGGGCCCGGUGCUGCACGAAGCAAUACACAAACUGCUGAACGACGAGCUCAAGCUGGCCACCAACGUUCCAAGGCCCAGGCGGCGGCAGCCUGCCCAGUCAUCCCAGCAGCUUGAUUAUCCGCAGAGAUACGCUGGCCGAGUGGCUGGCCUCUAG